CAUGUCACAAAGUCAAGAAUAAAAGGUUCGAUCAAGAGCAUAAACCCUUAUGGUAAAUUUAAAUAUUGCCUUGGGAUCACUAAAUAUUGGGUAUGUUGUUACAUACUUAACUUUAUCAAUCGAUACUUUAUUUGCAGUGCUGUAAGAACUCUAUAUAUAAAAUUAGUGAUAUAAGUGCUGAUGAAAAAACAGAAAGACUAAGUUUGCUUGCUGGAAUUCUUCCAUUAGGAAAUGUUGCAGGUGUGUUCAUUGGAUAUUUGUUAAAAUAAAAGUUUACAAAUAAAUAAUGCCUUCACAUUGCAGACCUAAUAGGAAUAACAAGUUUAUUGGCUGUGAUAGCUGACUAUUAUCUCAUAGUCGUCAUUAGAUUUUUUCUAGGGGUUUCUAAUGGAAUAUCAAGUUAUUUGAUGCCAGUAUAUAUAAAAUCAAUAUGCCCUCAAUAAUAUUUCGGUUAGUUUAGUAUGUUUGUUGGAUAUGGCAUAAAUACAGGAUAUGCUUUAGGAUAAUUAAGUGGAAUUGGAUAUAUAGAGUAUUAACUGAUACCUAUUAAUUUAGGUAUUCAGGACCAACUUCAAAUUGGUGGAGAGUAGUGUUCUUAUUUCCAACUGUUAUUUGCAUAAUUCGUUCUUUUGUCAUGCAAUUUAUAUACAAUUACGACAGUCCUGAAUAAUUAAUUUAAAGGGGAAAUAUUGAACAAGCAAAAUAUGUAUUCAUAUUAUCUAUUAUUUAGGUUAUUUGUUAAAUCUAUAAAGAUUAGUAUGUUGAUGAAUAAUUUGAAAGGUAUAACAAAAUGGCUUCGGAAUUAUAAAAAUAAAACAAUAAAUCCUUUUGGACUGCUUUUGAAAAAAAGAAACUGAUUACAUUAUAAACUGGAAUUAUAUCAGUAUAUAUAUAUACUAAAAAUUAGAUGUUGGUAUAAAUAUGGUGUGGAGUCUUCGCAGUAUUUUAUUAUAGUGCUUAAAUAUUUGCAGAUAUGGCUGAUGAUGAUGUUGUCUAGAAAACUGUGUAUACUUUCUGUUUAGGAUUAUCAGGAUUUGUGGCUUAAUUUUUUACUAUUUAUAUGGUUAAUAAAUUAGGAAAUAAAUACAUCUUACGUAAUAUAUUUAUAAUAUCUAAUAGUUAUUGGUUCAUUUCUUAUUGGAUCUCUCAACUUAGCAGUUUCAAUUAUUUCAAGAGAUGUUACACCAGAAAAUGAAUUGGCUAUUUUUAUUCUGCUAUUACUUCUAGUCAUGACUUUUGGAGCUACUUUAGGUCCUGCUGCGUGGGUAUAAAAUAGUUAUAUAUUUUUAGAGUAUUGUACCAUAGCUGAAUGAUAGUGAUGGAACCUUCAUUGCUACUGAAUUUCGAUGGUCAUUUUAGACUAUUGUAGUUUUCUGUUUUCCUUUUAUGGAAAAGAAUCUUAAAAUUUUUGGUGCCUUUCUAUUCUUUGCUAUAAUUGACUAUUUAUACUUUAUUUAUUGUCACUUCUUUUUGAUUGAUGGCAGAGGAAAAACUAAUGAAUAAUUAAUAGCAGCUUAUCAUAAUAAGUUUGGCUAUUCAGUUGUUCCAGAAUCAACAUCAUAACAAGGAAAUAUUUAGACUGAUUUUUAAUAACCACAAGAUUUACAAUUAAUAGCAUAAUAGUAAGGAAACAAUAAUAAUUAAAAUGAAAAGUGA